UAAAAUAAAAUAAUUAUUUUGACGACUUCACCCCUUACUAAAAUCACAUGAAAAGGGAGCCGAACCAACCAUCAAAAAACUCGAGAGAGAAAUGAAGUCAUCCCCUUCUUCUCCCUCUUCUCUUCUCAGAAAAACUCGUUUUCUAUCAACUUUAUUAGCCGUAAUCAUCUUAUUUUUCAUCAUUAUUCUUUACAGUGAAGUCUCUUCUUUCAUUUUUACCCAAUCUCAUAGCUCUAAUUACAAUUCCAUCUCAAGAUUAAUCAAGAGGAAGAAGGAGAAAUUGGCAUUUGCAGUUGGAGAGAGAGAAGAAGGAUGCGACGUUUUCAGCGGAAGUUGGGUUUGGGAUAACAAGAGCCGGCCGUUAUAUACAGAGGAUUGUCCUUAUAUACAACCACAGUUAACAUGCCAGCAACAUCGCCGCCCAGAUAACGACUAUCUAUAUUGGACAUGGCAACCUCAUUCUUGCUCUAUUCCAAGUUUCAAUGCGACAUUAAUGCUGGAGAGCCUUAGAGGAAAGAGGAUGUUAUUCGUUGGUGAUUCGUUAAACAGAGGACAAUUUGUUUCCAUGGUUUGCCUGCUUCAACAACACAUUCCUGACAAUGCCAAAUCCAUGGAAACUUUUGGUUCCCUCACUGUUUUCACUGCUAAGGAUUACAAUGCACGAAUCGAAUAUUACUGGGCACCAUUUCUGCUGGAAUCAAAUGCUGAUGAUGCAGUCAUACAUAGAAUUACUGAUAGAGUUGUUCGUAAAGGUUCAAUAAAUAAGCACGGAAAAAAGUGGAGAGGAGCUGACAUAAUUGUGUUCAACACUUAUUUGUGGUGGAUGACUGGGAUGCCGUUCAAGAUUUUGCAAAAAGGGUCAUUCAAGGAUGAAGUGAAAGACAUAGUUGAAGUGUCUACAGAGGACGCGUAUCGCAUGACAAUGAAGAGUAUGGUGAGAUGGUUGAAGAAAAAUAUGGAUUCAAAUAAAAGCAGAGUAUUUUUCACUAGCAUGUCACCUUCUCAUUACAAAAGCAUGGAUUGGGGAGGUGAAGCAGAGAAAAAUUGUUAUAAUGAAACAAAGAUGAUAGAAGAUGCAAGUUACUGGGGAUCAGAUUGUAGCAAAAACGUAAUGCUAGUGAUAAGAGAAGUGUUUAGUACAUCAGAAGUGCCCAUAACGUUUCUCAACAUAACACAACUAUCAAGUUAUAGGAAAGAUGCACACACAUCAAUUUACAAGAAGCAAUGGAGUCCAUUAACACCAGAGCAACUAGCAAACCCUGUUAGCUAUGCUGAUUGUACACAUUGGUGUUUGCCUGGCCUUCAAGAUACAUGGAAUGAACUCUUAUUCACCAAGCUUUUUUAUCCAUGACAUUUCAAAAUCUAUCGAAAACCUUUAACCUAACAUGACUCUGGAGGAGGAUGUGAGUGGGAAUUUUUUUUUAGCCCACACAUUAAUCAAAAAAUCAACAAUGCUGAAUUUUGAAAAAUACUGGGGAAGUAGUUUUAGGCUUUCUUUGAAAUGGUCUGAGAGAUCUUUGUAUUUGUUCUGAUACAAUUGCUCUCCGCUAACAUCUGUUACCUCCACUUGACACCAUCAGAACAGAGUAUGGCGAGAUGCAGUGGAAAAAGAGGGAGGGGGUAAAACUGCUUGGUGUUUUAUGUAUGUACACUCCAUCAGAUACAUAUUGAUUUCUUUUUUAUUUAAAAAGUUUUUCGUAUCAUUUAAUUUUUUAAACCAAA